AUGAUUUACACCUUCGUUCUCGGCUUUAGUACAAUCAUGUUCGGUGAAAACGAGGCGACGAUUGAUACGUUCCGCAUAUGGGGCGCGCCAAAGAUGCAGUUCAGCCUUCUUCGCGUCUGCCAUCAGAUCCACGCAGAAACCGUUCUUUUACCAUACAAGCUCAACACGAUUGAGUUAUGGGACUACCCGGCAAUCUGCAUCAGGAAGUUCUUGGGAGGGCGAAGUGAAGCUCAGCUGGCCGGAUUGCAAAAUGUGCAGCGGAUCUGCGACGAACCAUCUUUUGGGAUUGAGUGGAUGAAGAUUUUGCGUAAGUCGGAGCCUGAGGCACUCAAGAAGGGUGAGCAUUAA